CUUCUGCGAAUACGCGCACGUUGGUUUUCACAUGUUUAAUUCAUUAAACAAUUGAUUUGGCUUCAUUGAAAGGUGCUACUGGUAAAAUUUCAUCAUGAUUGGUAAAUUGGUUCAUAAAUAAGAAAGUGAAGGAGCCAGAAACGUAAUAUAAAAAAUUACACAAAUUCUGCAUCGGUCGGGAAUCGAACCCGGGUCGGUCGCGUGGUAGCUACAACAAUUCAAUGCUACAACCAUUGUUGCUACGCGUCGGUCCGGUGCAGCGCGCUCUGUGUGAGUAUCUUAGAUCAUAUAAACAAUGAUCUAAGGUGAGUUGAGUAUAGUAUAGGCAGGGAAAUGCGCGAGCUGCGCGCCCCCACUUCGCUCUAGUGAGCGGUACCUAGACGAACGACGACGACGACGGCUAGCAUGUUAUAUAUGGAUAUGGAUCUGUAGGUAGAUCGACUAAUCAGGAUAACUAAAUUAUGACACUCAAGUGACACAUUUUUUUAUUACCUAUGUUGUACACCAUUUUACAGCCCGCACUUAUUUUAUGUCUUAACAUAAUUUUAAGCGACGCAAUCCCAUACAGAGACUUGAGAAGUAUCCUCAGCAAAAAAAAUACCAUCAAUUGGCUCGAUAGUUUCAACAACAGCGACGUUUCACCAAAUCCUUAUUGUCGAAUAUGUUGUAUAACUAUAAAAUCUGAAACUAUCGGGAAACAAUGCGGCUGGCACACACUCUGCAAAUAUAAGCAAAAUGAGGUCGGCCGCAAAUGUCGGGGAUAUAUUAAAAUUCACUUUACAAAAUCCGAGAGGGACGCACUUUUAGACGCUCACAAUACACUCAGAAAUUACGUGGCUAGCGGACAAGAAAGGCGUGGAAAUCCGGGACCUCAACCCAGUGCCUCCAAUAUGAGAGCCUUACAAUGGAGCGAAGAACUGGCACUGGUAGCAGAUCGAUGGAUUAGUCAGUGCAUAUACUCCAAUGAUAUUUGUAGAGAUCUAGACCGGUUUCCGGUGGGUCAAAAUAUUGUACGGGGAAACUUUGCUACGAAUGAUUUACUGUCUUUCAUUAAAGAGUGGUACGAUGAAGUCUUGUACUUUAAUGCCAUUGAGGUAGACUCCUUUCAUUUACCAGAUGGAAAUAGUUCAUUAUUUACCAAAUAUACGCAAAUGAUGUGGGCAGACACAUAUCAAAUUGGUUGUGCCAGAGCAGCUUUUCAGACUCCGAUAGGUUCCAAAGUAAGUUACGUAGAACACUUUUUCUGUAAUUACGGGCCGUCUGGAAAUAUUCCAAAUCAACCAGUUUAUUUAAAAGGACCAGCCUGCACUGCAUGCCCUGAAGGAACAAGUUGUACUUUGGAGUAUCCCGCACUUUGCGAAGUGGAUAUAGCGAUAGAACUGGAAAAAGCAGCCUCAGGUAUAAUGGUGCGGAAGCAAAGCCUUAAAUCAAGGGUGAAGUAUCAUAAUACUGGAGCUUCAUCAGUGAAACCACCCUUACGGAGUUAUGCGUACAUAUUUCUUCUGUAUUGGACAUUUUUAUAAUUGUGAUAUAUCAUAGAAAAAAGUAACGUUUUUCCGAAUUAGAAAAACACUGUUGUAUACCAGAGGGCUAUCGAAUUCAUAAACAUCCGUACUGGACAUUGUUUUUUGCGACUCUGUAAUUAUUAAAAAAUUACAUAUAAUUAUAAAAUAGGCAAGGCGAGACGCAAGGUAUAGAUCUCAUAGGGGAACGAAAUAACAUCCUCUACUACUCUCGGCACCCAUUACUAUAAUGAUCCAUUUAUUUUCCAGUCACUAAACACAAAGCGCCGUAUUCAAUCGAAACGUAAGAAUAAGAAUGGCAUUUUACAACUUAUCCCGUAUAUAGAGGGUACCACCGUCACCAUCAUUAAUUUGUCAACGACC